GCUGCGAGUCGUGUUUCCUUCUCUUCUUCUGUGGUUUUGAAGCGGUCUGGAGCUGAAGCUGGUUUUGGGGUUUUUUCUUAUCGUGGACUUUUUAAAAACUGGUUUUCCAGGAUCGGUUGUAACGCUGCUGAACUCCUGACGACUCUGUCAGUGAACCGUCUCACUUUGGGCUGAUCGAGCGAUCACCUGGACUGAACCGUGAGCCGGAUGUUUCCUGUGCAGCUCGCUGGUGGUUGAUCUGCAGCGGGACUGGUUCUCCUCUCGGGGGGGGGUUGUCCGGAGGUGGAUUUUCUAUCGGUGUUGGGUAUUCGGGCAGUGAUGGAGGUGGAGUGGGCGUCGGCCGACCCGGCUCAGCUGCAGCUCAGCUACAACCAGCUGGAGGGUCGGUUCAAACAGCUGCAAGAUGAGCGUGAGGCGGUGCAGAAGAAGACCUUCACUAAGUGGGUGAACUCUCACCUGUCCAGAGUCUCCUGCAGGAUCACAGACCUCUACAUGGACCUGAGAGACGGACGCAUGCUCAUCAAACUGCUGGAGGUCCUGUCAGGAGAGAGGCUGCCGAAGCCCACCAAAGGGCGGAUGCGUAUUCAUUGUCUGGAGAACGUGGACAAAGCUCUGCAGUUCCUGAAGGAGCAGAGGGUUCACCUGGAGAACAUGGGCUCCCACGACAUCGUGGACGGAAACCACCGCCUGACGCUGGGCCUCAUCUGGACCAUCAUCCUCCGCUUCCAGAUUCAGGACAUCAGUGUGGAGACUGAAGACAACAAAGAGAAGAGAUCAGCCAAAGAUGCUCUGCUGCUGUGGUGUCAGAUGAAGACGGCGGGGUAUCCCAACGUGAACAUCCACAACUUCACCACCAGCUGGAGAGACGGGAUGGCCUUCAAUGCUCUCAUCCACAAACACAGGCCUGAUCUGAUCGACUUUGACAAGCUGAAGAAGUCCAACGCUCACUACAACCUGCAGAAUGCUUUUAACCUGGCAGAGCAACACCUGGGCCUCACCAAACUCCUGGACCCUGAGGAUAUCAGCGUGGACCAUCCCGAUGAGAAGUCAGUCAUCACCUACGUGGUGACGUACUAUCACUACUUUUCCAAGAUGAAAGCUCUGAAGGUGGAGGGCAAACGCAUCGGAAAGGUGUUGGAUAACGCCAUCGAGACGGAGAAGAUGAUCGAGAAGUACGAGUCUCUGGCCUCAGACCUGCUGGAGUGGAUCGAGCAGACCAUCAUCAUCCUCAACAACAGGAAGUUCGCCAACUCUCUGGUGGGAGUCCAGCAGCAGCUUCAGGCCUUCAACACCUACCGAACCGUCGAGAAACCUCCGAAGUUCACGGAGAAGGGAAACCUGGAGGUUCUUCUCUUCACCAUCCAGAGUAAGAUGAGAGCAAACAACCAGAAGGUCUACAUGCCCCGAGAAGGAAAACUCAUCUCAGACAUCAACAAGGCCUGGGAGCGACUGGAGAAGGCGGAGCAUGAGAGGGAGCUGGCUCUGAGGACGGAGCUGAUUCGUCAGGAGAAACUGGAACAACUUGCCAGACGCUUCGACCGCAAGGCGGCCAUGAGAGAGACCUGGCUCAGCGAAAACCAGAGACUGGUGUCACAGGACAACUUUGGUUUCGACCUCCAGGCUGUCGAGGCGGCCACCAAGAAGCAUGAGGCGAUAGAGACGGACAUCGCUGCGUAUGAGGAGCGUGUCCAGGCUGUGGUCGCGGUGGCGAAGGAGCUGGAGGUUGAGCGAUACCAUGACAUCAAACGCAUCACAGCCAGGAAGGACAAUGUGAUCCGGCUGUGGGAGUACCUGCUUGAGCUGCUGAAGGCCCGCAGACAGAGACUGGAGAUGAACCUGGGCCUGCAAAGAGUAUUCCAGGAGAUGCUCUACAUCAUGGACUGGAUGGAUGAGAUGAAGAUGUUGCUGCUGUCUCAGGAUUAUGGGAAGCAUCUGUUAGGUGUGGAGGACCUGCUGCAGAAACACGCCCUGGUGGAGGCUGACAUCGCCAUCCAGGCCGAUAGGGUGAAAGCAGUCACCACAAACACCAACAAGUACUCUGUCAACGAGGGCUACAAGCCCUGCGAUCCUCAGGUCAUCCUGGACCGGGUUUCUCACCUGGAGUUCUGCUACCAGGAGUUGACCCAGCUUGCAGCUGAGCGUCGUGCCCGCCUGGAAGAGUCCCGCCGUCUCUGGAAGUUCUUCUGGGAGAUGGCCGAGGAGGAGGGCUGGAUCCGCGAGAAGGAGCAGAUCCUAUCCUCCGUUGAGCACGGCAAGGACCUGACAGGGGCGCUGCGCCUCCUCAGUCAGCAACGAGCCCUGGAGGAUGAGAUGAGCGGCCGGGCUGGCCACCUCCAGCACACCAUCGCAGAGGGCCAGGCCAUGGUAGAGGCCAGCCACUUUGCUGCCACCAAGAUCCAGGAGCGUAUUGCUGACCUGCAGGCUCAGUGGGUGGCGCUGGAGCAUUUAGCAGCGGCAAGGAAGAAGAGGCUAGAGGAGGCUCUGGCACUGCACCAGUUCCAGGCUGACGCAGAUGAUGUCGAUGCCUGGACACUGGACGCCCUGCGCAUCGUCUCCAGCGGAGAGACAGGCCAUGAUGAAUUCUCCACCCAGGCUCUGGUCAGGAAGCACAAGGAUGCAGCAGCUGAGGUGGCCAGCUAUCGCCCGGUCAUCGACUCGCUCCACGAGCAAGCUGCCUCCCUUCCUAAAGAGGAGGCCGAGUCAGAGGAGGUGCGUGGGCGGCUAGCCGGCAUCGAGGAACGCUACAAGGAGGUGGCAGAGCUGACGAAGCUGAGGAAGCAGGCACUGCAGGAUGCUCUGGCGCUCUACAAGAUGUUCAGUGAGGCCAAUGCUUGUGAGGUUUGGAUUGAUGAGAAGGAGCAGUGGCUUAACAGCAUGGAGAUCCCAGAAAAACUGGAGGACCUGGAGGUCAUACAGCACAGGUUUGAGAGUCUUGAGCCAGAGAUGAACAACCAGGCAUCUCGUGUCGCUGUGGUAAACCAGAUUGCCCGCCAACUGAUGCACAAUGGUCACCCGAGCGAAAAGGACAUCAAGACUCAGCAGGACAAACUCAACAACAGGUGGAGCCAGUUCCGCGAUCUGGUGGACCAGAAGAAGGAGUCCCUGAACUCAGCUCUGGGAGUGCAGAACUACCACCUCGACUGCAACGAGACCAAGUCUUGGAUCAAAGAGAAGACCAAAGUCAUAGAGUCCACCCAGGAGCUGGGGAACGACCUCACUGGGGUCAUGGCCCUGCAGCGUAAACUGACUGGUAUGGAGCGUGACCUGGCUGCCAUUGAGGACAAACUGAGCGAUCUGAGGGGUGAGGCCCAGCGGCUGGCAGAGGAGCACCCUGACCAGGCCAAGGCCAUCACAGGUCGCCUGGCUGAGAUCACCGCAGUCUGGGAGGAAAUGAAAGACACUCUGAAGAACCGCGAGGAGUCUCUAGGUGAGGCCAGAAAGCUGCAGCAGUUCCUGCGUGAGCUGGAUGACUUCCAGUCUUGGCUGUCCCGCACUCAGACAGCCAUCGCCUCUGAGGACAUGCCCAACACGUUGACUGAAGCAGAGAAGCUCAUGGCGCAGCACGAAGGCAUCAAGAACGAGAUCCAGAACUAUGAGGAGGACUACCAGAAGAUGCGGGACAUGGGGGAGAUGGUCACGCAGGGCCAGACAGAUGCGCAGCACAUGUUUCUGCGUCAGCGGCUACAGGCGCUCGACACCGGCUGGAAUGAGCUGCACAAGAUGUGGGAGAACCGGCAGAACCUGCUGUCCCAGUCCCAUGCUUACCAGUUGUUCCUCAGGGACACCAAGCAGGCAGAAGCAUUCCUCAACAACCAGGAGUACGUCCUGGCUCACACUGAGAUGCCCACCACUCUGGAGGGUGCCGAAGCCGCCAUCAAGAAGCAGGAAGACUUCAUGACCACCAUGGAUGCCAACGAAGACAAGAUCAACGGCGUGGUUGAGGCUGGCAGGCGCUUGGCCAGCGACGGAAACAUCAACGCCGAACGUAUCCAGGAGAGAGUGGCCUCCAUCGACGACAGGCAUAAGAAAAACAGGGAGGCUGCAGUGGAGCUGCUGAUGAGACUGAAGGACAACAGAGACCUGCAGAAGUUCCUGCAGGACUGCCAGGAGCUGUCUCUGUGGAUCAAUGAGAAGAUGCUCACAGCUCAGGACAUGACCUACGACGAGGCCAGGAACCUGCACAGCAAAUGGCUGAAGCACCAGGCCUUCAUGGCCGAGCUGCAGUCCAACAAAGAGUGGCUGGACAAGAUCCAGAAGGACGGCAUGCUGCUGGUGUCGGAGAAGCCUGAGACGGAGGCGGUGGUGAAGGAGAAGCUGUCGGCGCUCCACACCAUGUGGGAGGAGUUAGAGUCCACCACGCAGACCAAAGCUCAGUGUCUGUUCGACGCCAAUAAGGCCGAGCUGUUCACUCAGAGCUGCGCGGACCUCGACAAGUGGAUGGGAAGCCUGGAGGGUCAGAUCCAGUCCGACGACUACGGCAAAGACCUGACCUCGGUCAACAUCCUACUCAAGAAGCAGCAGAUGCUGGAGAACCAGGUGGAGGUGCGUCAGCGGGAGGUGGUGGAGCUGCAGAGCCAAGUGAAGGCGCUCGGGCAGGAGGUGAAGGACACUGACGAGGUUGACGGGCGGAGGCAGCUGGUGGAGAGGAAGUUCCAGGAGCUGCUGGAGCCGCUGCGGCGCCGCAGGAACUUCCUGGUGGCGUCCAGAGAAGUUCACCAGUUCAACCGCGACAUCGAGGACGAGAUCCUGUGGGUUCAGGAGAGGACGCCUGUGGCGACGUCCACCGACCACGGACACAACCUGCAGACAGUCCAGCUGCUCAUCAAGAAGAACCAGACUCUGCAGAAGGAGAUCCAGGGUCAUCAGCCUCGCAUCAACGACAUCCUGGAGCGCAGCGAGAGCCUCCUGAAGGACGAGUCCUCCAGUGCAGACGUUAUCCGGCAGCGUCUGGCCGACCUGCGGGAGCUGUGGGGGCAGCUGAUGGAGGAGGCGGAGCGCCGCCACGGCCGGCUGGAGGAGGCGCACAAAGCCCAGCAGUACUACUUUGAUGCCGCGGAGGCCGAAGCCUGGAUGAGCGAGCAGGAGCUGUACAUGAUGUCAGAGGAGAAGGCCAAGGAUGAGCCGAGCGCCGUCACCAUGCAGAAGAAGCAUCAGAUCGUGGAACAGGCAGUGGAGGACUACGCUGAGACCGUCCACCAGCUGUCCAAGACCAGCAGAGGACUGGUGGCUGACGGACACCCUGAGAGUGAGCGUAUUAGCAUGCGGCAGUCUCAGGUGGAUAAGCUUUACGCCGGCCUGAAGGACCUGUCGGAGGAGAGGCGGGGCAAACUGGAGGAGAGGCUCCACCUCUUCCAGCUGAACCGGGAGGUGGACGACCUGGAGCAGUGGAUCGCUGAGCGGGAGGUGGUGGCCGGGUCGCACGAGCUGGGACAGGACUACGAACACGUUACCAUGUUGCAGGAACGUUUCCGGGAGUUUGCUCGGGACACGGGAAACAUCGGUCAGGAGCGCGUGGACGCCGUCAAUCGCCUGGCGGACGAGCUGAUCAACACCGGUCACGGCGACGCGGCGACGGUGGCGGAGUGGAAGGACGGGCUGAACGAGGCCUGGGCCGACCUGCUGGAGCUCAUCGACACCAGGACGCAGAUCCUCGCCGCCUCUUUCGAGCUUCACAAGUUCUACCACGACGCCAAGGAGAUCCUGGGACGCAUCGUGGACAAGCAGAAGAAGCUGCCAGAGGAGGUGGGCCGUGACCAGAACACGGUGGAGACCCUGCAGAGGAUGCACACCACCUUUGAACAUGACAUCCAGGCCUUGGGAACACAGGUGAGGCAGCUGCAGGAGGACGCGGUGCGCCUCCAGUCGGCGUAUGCCGGAGAUAAAGCCGACGACAUCCAGCGGAGGGAGAGCGAGGUGCUGGAGGCCUGGAGGAGUCUGCUGGAGGCCUGUGACGGACGCAGGGCCCGCCUCCUCGACACCGGGGACAAGUUCAGGUUUUUCAGCAUGGUCCGAGACCUGAUGCUGUGGAUGGAGGACGUGAUCCGGCUCAUCGAGGCCCAGGAGAACCCCAGAGACGUGUCGUCGGUCGAGCUGCUGAUGAACAACCAUCAAGGCAUCAAGGCCGAGAUCGACGCCCGAAACGACAGCUUCACCGCCUGCAUCGAGCUGGGCAAAGCCCUGCUGGCCAGGAAACACUACGCGUCAGAGGAGAUUAAAGAGAAGCUUCUGCAGCUGACCGACAAGAGGAAAGAGAUGAUUGACAAGUGGGAGGAUCGAUGGGAGUGGCUACGACUCAUCCUGGAGGUGCACCAGUUCUCCCGGGAUGCGGGCGUGGCCGAGGCCUGGCUGCUGGGCCAGGAGCCCUACCUGUCCAGCAGGGAGAUGGGUCAGAGCGUGGACGAGGUGGAGAAGCUCAUCAAACGCCACGAGGCCUUCGAGAAGUCCGCCGCCACCUGGGAGGAGCGCUUCUCCGCUUUGGAGAGACUGACUACGCUGGAGCUGCUGGAGGUGAGGAGGCAGCAGGAGGAGGAGGAGAGGAUGAGGAAGCCUCCGUCUCCAGAGCCGCCUGUGAUUCAGCAGGAGGAGUCUCAACAGCAGAGUGGAGUCAUCGCUCAGAACGGACUGCCGUCGGAUCAGGACUCUCCUCGGGACGGAGUGGAUGGUGGAGAUUUGGUCAACGGUGUAGCCGAGCGGAGCUCCAAGGAGCCGAGUCCCAGCACCUCCCCGACCUCCGGCAGGAAGAGUAAGACCAGCCAGUCGUCCACGCUUCCCUCCAAGAACCAGGACUCGUCCUCACAGCUGGAGGGACUCCUGCACCGCAAACAUGAGUGGGAGGGACACAACAAGAAGGCUUCCAACAGAUCGUGGCACAACGUGUACUGUGUCAUCAACAACCAGGAGAUGGGUUUCUAUAAAGACAGCAAGGCGGCGGCUCAGGGAGUCCCGUACCACAACGAGUUACCCAUCAACCUGAAGGAGGCGACGUGUGAUGUGGCUUCAGACUACAAGAAGAAGAAACAUGUCUUCAAACUCAGAGUCGCUGAUGGAAACGAGUAUCUGUUUCAAGCCAAAGACGAGGAGGAGAUGAGCACCUGGAUCCAGGCCAUCCUGAACGCCAACGCCGACCGCUCCGACGUGCAGGGCAGCAACCCCGGCACGCCUGCGUCCGGGCGCGCUCAGACGCUGCCGGCCGCCGUCACGCUCGCCACUGAGUCGAGUCCCGGCAAGAGAGAGAAGGACAAAGAGAAGGACAAAGAGAAACGCUUCAGUCUGUUCAGCAAGAAGAAACAGUAGAAAAUAAAACCGGCUUUGGUGAAACUGAUUCAGUGGAACCGGACGCCGCUCUGAAGCAGGAAAACUCGUAUUUAGCUUCUUUAAAAGUAGAAUUUCUCAUUUCGGCUGAAGGUGAAAGAGCUGGAAGCUGCUUCAGAGCGCGCGUCCACAGCUUAGCUGCUUUUAGCUUCAUGAAGGUCUUUUCCAGAGAAAAGAAGCUGCUGAAACAUCUCUGCAGCGUCGCCUCGCUCUGAGAAGACCUUCACUUUUCAGCCAUCAAACCUCCAACAGUCCCACAAAUCAGCCAUCAGUCAUUCCCGACUUCCUGACGUCUGCAGACAAACGGCCAAAACCUCAGACUGUGGUUUGUGGCAAAAUAAUUCAGCCAUUAAUGUCUCCAACGUCUAAAUCCUGAAUUCUUUCAAUCAGAUUCUGAACAGCCAUCAUAAAGGACGUUACGCCCUUCAGACGCGCUUUAAGAGGAUUUAUGUUACGCGAUUCCUUUAACCUGGUGGAGACAUCGCUAAUGAUGUCACUCCUGAGCAGCCAAUGACGGAGGCCGGUGGCUGAGAAAGCUCAAAGAGCAGCAGGAAGCUGAUGAAGUUUCACCAAAGCGUGACGUCUGGUUGCUUUUGCGUUUGUUGUUGAUGCAGUUGUGUUUUUUGUCGGGUUUUCUUCGCGUGGUUGUCGACACUCGGGACGAACGCUGUGCCUGAGAGCGGGAGUGGCGGCCAUUUUGCUUUACACGUCGUGAUGUAACAGCGAAGCCGGCGCUCUGACAUUAAAGAAACGAUAAAUAAAAGAUACAUCGCAGCGUCUCGAUUAAAACCGAACUCACUCUGUCGUUUGUUUGUCGACGAUGACGCGCUGUUACGUCACGACGUCUAAGCCGAAGCCGCCGCCGCGUCUCUGGCGCUUUCGUGGUGACGUCAGCAGGGACCACACGCUUGUUUUUGUUAGUUUUUUUUUCCACAUUGUUUAACUUUUGUUUUUCUUUGAUUUUCGUUAUUUUUCUACUUUUGGAUGUUUUUGAAACAGGUCUGAGUUAUUUCCUCAAUUUUGUGAGGGUGUCUUAAAAGACAGCCUACAUUCUUCCUCUGCCGUCGAGAAAUUGGACCAAUAGUGCAUUUUGUUUUGUUAUUGUUUCUACUUUCAUGUCCUCUGCCACUCUGCAGCCGUUUUCUUUCUUCCUGAAAAACAGCCAAUCACCGCGGAGGAGGCGUACGAUGUAGAAAUGUCCACUUGCAUGCUUCAUCGGGCUCAGAGCCUGAAACAGCCUGAAACACUCACCUGAAACUAAACGUCUCUUCAGUUUUUAUCCUUCCUUUGUGUUUCCUCGGUUCUGAUAUACAGUUCGUCUCAGCUCCUUCUAGUACAGAUACUGAAGAUCAAUAUGUACACUAACCACUUCAAAGCGUGCGUGCGAAGGCGGACGUCCAUCGUGCGAAGGCGGACGUCGGUUCGUGCGAAGGCGGACGUCGGUUCGUGCGAAGGCGGACGUCCGUCGUGCGAAGCCGGACGUCCGUCCUGUCCUGCAGACAGCAGCUGAGGGGCAGCUGUCACUCAUGAAGGUUGCUUGCUUGUCGUCGGCUCUUCGCUGCGUUCAGAUUUUCUGCUCUUUGAUACUCGUGUUGCUCUCCGUCACUGUUUAUCUGUUGUACUGAACAUGUAUGGAAGUUAACGCCAUCUUACUGCACAAUCAGAACUACAUCUAUAGGAAUGAAGAAGAAGCUGUUUGAGGCUGAAUAUUUAAACAGAAGUUAGACCAUAAAGGCUUUUCUCAUGUAUGAAACUGCACCUGUAGACUUUAAAGCUCUCUCUCUCUCUCUCUCUCUCUCUCUCUCUCUCUCUCUCUCUGUCAAAUAUGUGCGAUGUCAUUAAAGCUUUUAA